AUGGCUUCAGAUCAAGAGGCGGCCAACGCCCUGAAGCUGCAGGGCAACAAGGCCUUCGCGAACCACGACUGGCCCACUGCCGUCGACUUCUAUAACCAGGCUAUCGAGAAAUACGACAAGGAGCCGUCCUUCUUUUGUAACCGUGCACAGGCCCAAAUCAAACUCGAAGCAUUUGGCUUUGCUGUUGCGGAUGCUACCGCGGCUUUGGAAUUGGACCCGAACUACGUCAAGGCUCUAUGGAGACGUGCACUGGCCAACACUGCAAUCUUGAAUUACAAGGCUGCGCUCAAGGACUUCAAGGCGGUUGUUAAGCGGGAGCCUGGUAACCAGAGCGCCAAGCUGAAGCUUGCGGAAUGCGAGAAGCUUGUACGUCGAAUCGAGUUCGAGAAGGCUAUUGAGGUCUCAGAUCCUCCUUCCGCGUUUGAAGGACUGGACAUCGAGGCCAUCAAGGUCGAUGAUAAAUAUGAUGGAGUGCGGUUGGAGGGAGAGAUGACUCAGGAAUUUAUUGACGACAUGAUUCAACGAUUUAAAGAUGGAAAGACUAUUCACCGCAAGUACGUGUUCCAGAUAAUCAAGGCUGUGAGGGACCUCGUCUACAACGAGCCUACUAUGGUGGAGAUUGGUGUCGACUCAGGCAAGAAGUUGACCGUCUGUGGUGAUACCCACGGCCAGUACUUUGACCUCCUGGAGAUCUUCCGUCGCAACGGCUCUCCUUCUGAUACGCAUGCUUAUCUUUUCAAUGGUGACUUUGUGGACCGCGGCUCUUGGUCUUGUGAGAUCGCUCUUCUUCUUUACGCAUACAAGUGGCUCCGACCAAAUGGACUAUUCUUGAACCGCGGAAACCACGAAACAGACGAUAUGAACAAAGUCUACGGUUUCGAGGGUGAGUGCAAGGCUAAAUACAACGAGCGGGUCUUCAAGGUAUUCUCAGAGUCAUUCUCCGCGCUGCCUUUGGCGACCUUGAUCGGCGAGAAGUACUUGGUUCUGCACGGAGGUCUGUUCUCUGACGAUAAGACCACAUUGGACGACAUUCGCAAACUCAACCGCCAUACCCAGCGACAACCCGGCCAGCAGGGCCUGAUGAUGGAGAUGCUCUGGACUGACCCCCAGCCCCAGUUGGGUCGUGGACCCAGCAAGCGCGGCGUUGGCCUGCAAUUCGGCCCUGACGUCACCAAGCGCUUCUGCGAGAAGAACGGUCUGGAGGCGAUCAUCCGAUCUCACGAGGUUCGCAUGGAGGGUUAUGAAGUUGAGCACGAUGGCCGGUGUAUCACCGUGUUCUCCGCUCCCAAGUACUGCGACUCAACAGAGAACAAGGGCGCAUAUAUCAACAUUGGACCCGAGCUCAAGCUCGAAUAUGAGGUGUUCGAUGCUGUUCCACACCCGGACAUCAAGCCUAUGGCCUAUGCCCAGAACUCCAUCCUUUCUAGCAUGUGA